CUUUGUUUCUCUCUCUCACGCAGUAUUGGAAUCAGCUCAUGAGCUAAGAAGAAGAAAAACAAAAAAAGUGCGUAGAAGAACUAAAUUCCUUUCCUGAUAUCAAGAAGGAGGUCAAGGAAAACGUGUUUUAAAAACUAGAGUGAUCUCUAUACUCUAAAGAAGUGGAAGAAACCAGAGGGAAAAUCGAGUUUUGGGAUGGGCAUGAGAGCAAAAACAAAGAGAUGACAUGGUGCAAUGAUUCAGACGAUGAUAGGGCUCUUCAGAUAGUCACGGCAACUUCUAAAGAAAAUACAAAUGUUCUCGACCCACCCAAAACCGAUGAUAUCAGAUAUACCAUAACAUGCCCAUCAUGUGGCCAGGACAUAGAAUUCCAAGAUCAGGCCGGAAUUCAUGAUUUGCCGGGGCUACCAGCAGGGGUGAAGUUUGAUCCGACAGACCAUGAGAUUCUUGAACAUUUAGAGGCAAAGAUUCUGUCUGAUACGCGGAAGCUUCAUCCUCUUAUUGAUGAAUUCAUCCCAACACUUGAGGGAGAGAAUGGAAUUUGCUAUACUCAUCCAGAAAAACUACCAGGAGUAAGCAAAGACGGCCAAAUCCGGCACUUCUUCCAUCGACCUUCAAAGGCAUACACGACUGGGACUAGGAAACGAAGGAAGGUCCACACUGAUGAAGAUGGAAGCGAGACGAGAUGGCACAAAACAGGCAAGACAAGGCCAGUCUUUGUUGGUGGGGCAGUGAAGGGGUACAAAAAGAUCUUGGUUCUCUACACCAACUAUGGCAGGCAAAGAAAGCCUGAGAAAACAAACUGGGUGAUGCACCAAUACCAUCUUGGAAACAAUGAAGAAGAGAAAGAUGGAGAAUUAGUGGUUUCAAAGGUUUUCUACCAGACACAACCUAGACAAUGUGGUUCAAGUAUUAAUGAUUCAUUGAAUAACCAAAGCGUGCAUGAUAAUAGUCCUAAUGAGAUUCCUAUACCUAAAAACCCUACAGCUCUUUUGGAGUAUUACAACACUCCUUUUAUUAACUAUGACUAGGGGUACGGAUGGCCAUACCCAUUGGGUAAUGGAUAUCCAACCCUACCCGAUUCAAAUAUUCCGGGUAAUACCCGAUUCCUCAUGGGUAGAGCUUAACUGGGUAGGGUAUGGGUAUUACCCGGAAUAUUUGAAUCGGGUAGGGUAUGGAUAUUAUCCAAACCCGACCCAUGUUAAAAAAAAAAAAAAAACCCUAAACCUCUCUCACCAUCACUCACACUCUCUUUACCUCUCUGCCUCUCCUCAUCGUCUCUUCUCACCGCUUCAUGUUGUGGGAAGGCUCUGUCUCUUACAUAUACAUACAUUUAUUUGUUUUGGCAUCGAUUUUACACUUGAUUCUUGUUCCUCGUUCAUCGUCUCUGGUUUUUCUACCACUUUCUUUCCUCAGUUGCCUACAUGUCUACCACAUAUUCUGCCUCAACCCCAGCCCCAAGGCCUCCAACUAGCAUGACAUCAGAAUCACAAUCGUUGUUUGGGGAGGAAGUUAAGUCCAUUCUAGUUGAGAAUCCACAACAACAAGCCAUGAAAAGAAGAACAACUUCAGACAUAUGGAAUCAUUUUAAGAAAGAGAAUAUUGAUGGGAAAGUUAAGGUCCAACGCAACUACUGUGGAAGACUUAUGGCUAGAGCAAGUACAUCAGGGACGGCUCAUUUAAAACUACACAUAGCAAAAAGUUGUCCAAGUGCUCCGAGGGAAGGAACAGAUAUUAGGAAGCAAGUUCUUGUCAAACAAUACAAUAGGAUAAGAAGUAAAGGGAUCUCAAGCCCUAGUGUUUUUAAUGAAGAGGAUCAGAAGGCUUCGAGGAGGGACCUUGCUCGAAUGGUCAUUUUGCAUGAGUAUCGUCUUGCAAUUGUUGAUCAUGUUGGGUUUUGGGAUUUUGUUGGUGGUCUUCGGCCAAAUUUUAAAACAAUAGGAAGAAACACAUUGAAGUGAGAUAUCAAAAAAAUUUAUAAUGAAAAGAAGCAGAAGACUGUGGUAGAAAUUGACAAGAAUGCCAAGUAAAGUUGCAAUCACAACGGACUUGUGGACUGCAAACAACAAUAAGAGGUCAUUCAUGGUAAUCACAUCGCACUACAUAAGUGACUCUUGGACUUUGGAAAGCCGAGUUAUAAGGUUUAUUCAUAUGCCAUCUCCACAUGAUAAGUAUUCUUUUUCUAAAAUCCUUUUGGAGUGUCUUUCUGAUUGGAAGAUUGAUUUGAAUUUAUCUACCAUAACUGUAGAUAAUGCUAGCAACAAUGAUGGCAUGAUGAAACUUAUUUCGGAUAAGCUUCAAACUGGUUCACUUAUUUUAGGUGGAAAAUUGUUGCAUGUGCGUUGUGCAGCACAUAUUCUGAAUUUGGUUGUUCUAGAGGGUUUGAAUGUAAUUGGUGAUGGUAUUGAGAAGGUUCAAAGUAAUGUAUAUUUUUGGACACAAUAGCCAAAAAGAACAGAAAUUUUUGAAAAAAUAUCUCGCCAAUCACAUAUUGCAAGUACUAAGGAACUGGUACUUGAUUGUAGGACUCGUUGGAACUCUACAUAUUUGAUGCUUUCAACUGCCUUGAUUUAUAAAGAUGUCUUUCCCUGUUUACUGUGUUGUGAGCAUCAGCAUCAAUUUGCUCUAACUGAUAGGGAUUAGGAGAUAGCACAAAUUGUUUGUGAGAAGUUCGGUUACUUUCAUAAAGUUACUGUGUUGCUUUCUGGUACUGCGUACCCUACGGCUAGUCAUUAUUUUCCUUCGGUCUUCUGGGUGAAGAUGGAAUUAAAUCAGUGGCUUUCAAGUGAAGAUGAGUUGGUUAAGAAAAUGGCAGCAAGGCUAACGAAGAAAUUGACAAGGUUAAGAACCUUCUUUUUGAGUUAUUUGAGUAGUAUGUCAUAGAAAACAUUGAUAGAGGAGUCAUUUAUUCUCAAGCUUUAUCUUCUACAUCUACAUCAAGUGUUGCACAUGAACAUGAUGAUACAAUGAGGGACUAUGAUUUGUUUGUUAGUAAUGUGACUACUAACAUAGGUCAAAGGGGUAAGGAUAUUAUAUUGGAGUUUGAACUUUAUACUAGUGAGAAAGUGGCACCUAGAACUAAACAAUUUGAUGUUUUGGGUUGGUGGAAGCAUAAUGGUAGUAAGUAUCCUACCUUGCAACGCAUUGCAAGGGAUAUUUUGGCUAUUCCUAUGACAACAAUUGCCUCAAAGUCAGCUUUUAGCACUAGCGGGAGAUUGUUAAGUUCACAUCGUAGCCAUCUUCAUCAUGAUACCUUAGAAGCAUUGAUGUGUGGGCAAAAUUGGUUAUAGAGCAAACUUAAAGGUGUACCAAAAGAUGCUACCAUUCAAAAUGUUCUUGAUGAUUAUGAAGAAAAUGAAGUGGAGGAAAGUCAUGCCAUGGAGCUUUCAGACUAAUGGACAGGUCCUGCACUGUUAGUUGAUGUUCCAAGGGAUAAGAACAUUACUGGUAUGUUCUCUCUUCUUUAAUUGAGACUGAUUUUACUCUGCUAUGUGCAGGCAACUGGUAUGCCAGGCUUGUUAGUUGGCUAAUGUGUUUGUGUAUGUGAAUAUGAAACAAUAUAUGGGUAUUGUGAACUUUUUGUGUAUGUGUUUAUUGUGUUGUAUCACUGUGUGUGUACGUGAAGUUUACUCUCAAUGAAUGUUGCUUGUCUUGAGCCAAAAAUAGGAAAAUCUUUAGAAGUUCAAAACUGGAAUGUUGUAUAUUGGAUUUUACAUUGGGAAUUGAGCUAGUGACCACUUUUGAA